AUGCACAAAGAUGAUGAAGAGAAAACAAGCUUUGUAACCGACAGCGGCACAUACUGUUACAAACAAAUGCCAUUCGGAUUAAAAAAUGCAGGGGCAACUUAUCAGCGGCUAAUGAACUUCGUAUUCAAAGACCAGAUCGGUCGUAACAUGGAAGUUUAUGUCGACAACAUCAUCGUCAAGUCCAAAAAGGUAGAAGAUCAUGCGAAAGACCUAAAAGAAGUCUUCACCAAUCUUAAAAAAUACAAACUCAAGCUAAAUCCGGACAAAUGCGCAUUCGAAGUCCCAACAGGAAAAUUCCUCGGUUACCUCAUCUCUCAAAAAGGCAUUAAAGUAAACCCGGAGAAAACAAAAGCAAUUUUGGAAAUGAAGGCGCCAAAAUCAGCUAAAGAAGUUCAAAAGCUAAACGGUAGAGUCACGGCUCUCGGUCGAUUCGUGUCUAACUCGGCCAAAAGAUGUCUCCCGUUCUUCAAAACAUUAAGAAAUGUGAAAAAAUUCGAGUGGACCGAAGAAUGCGAACAAUCUUUUGAAGAGCUCAAGAAAUUCCUGAGUUCACCACCACUACUCGGAAGACCUGAAACCGGAGAAGUGCUAUACCUAUAUCUAAGUGUCACUGAUGAAACAGUGGCAUCGGUACUAGUAAAGGAAGAGGCAUCCGAGCAAAAGCCGGUAUACUACACGAGCAAGGUGUUGAAAGGACCCGAGCUCGGAUAUAGCAAAAUCGAGAAAUUUGCAUUAGCAUUGGUCUUAACAGUUGAAAAACUAAAAAGAUAUUUUCAGGCUCACACAGGAAUAGUCCGAACAAACCAACCUCUGAGAAAAGCGCUCGCAAGACCAGAAACAUCAGGACGACUAAUCAACUGCAGAAACAACAACACACGAUCAACCUACCGAGGUAGACAAGGGCCUAGUCAGCUGAACGCUAAAGUAGACGGAGCAUCAAACAUGAGCGGAGCAGGAGCGGGCAUGAUACUAAGAGGACCACAUAAGAUCAAAAUGCAAAACUCAAUCCAUCUAAAUUUUCCAACAACCAACAAUGCAGCGGGAUACGAAGCUUUGAUAAAUGGAUUAAGGAUGGAACCGGUAGUCAAGACCGAGUACAUCAAAAUUCAGAGUUACUCUCAGCUGGUGGUUAACCAGGUACUUGGUUUAUACGAGGUAAAAGAUCCAGAGAUGAAAAAAUACGUAGACCGAGUGAAAGAGCUGCUCGCAAAAAUUAUCGAAGAGGGUGGAAAAUGGGAGUUAGAACAAAUACCCAGAGAGGAAAACACAGAAGCAGAUACAUUGGCAAAAGCCGGAGCAGUCAAAGAAACAAUGUCGGCCAUACCGUGCUCGGUUCAAAAUUUCAGCAGUAUCCAGAAUCCCGAAGCAACAUUCCUCAUCAACCCAUUGAACCAGUGGAUAGAACACAUCAUCUCAUACAUUGAAAACGGGAGCCUGCCCGAAGAUAACAAAGAAGCAAAGAAACCGAGAUACACGAAGGUGUAUGUGGAAGCCACAUCUCACACCUGGCACUCUGUCGUAAAGCCGUCUUACAAGGUUACUACUGGCCGACACUGGCACAAGACGCAUCAAACCUGGUACAAAAAUGUGAGAAAUGUCAGUACCACCAAAAUGUACACAUAUCAACCAACGACCGAACAAAAUCCAAUAAUAAGUCCUUGGCCAUUCAGCAUGUGGGGAAUAGACAUCGUUGGAACUUUUCCAACGGCAAGUGGGCAGAGAAAAUUCAUAAUAGUAGCAGUUGACCAUUUCUCAAAGUGGGUAGAAGCCGAAGCUGUAUCCACUAUAAUGGAAGCACGAGUGCGAAGCUUUGUCCGAAGAGAAAUCAUCUGUCGUUUCGGAAUCCCAAAAAACAUCAUAACCGACAACGAAAAUCAAUUCGACAACAAAAACUUCAGAGAAUUCUGCACUGAAAAAGGAAAUGAUCUAAGGUUCACAUCGGUCACCCACCCACAGAGCAACGGGAUGACCGAAGUAACCAACCAAACCAUUGUCAAUGGUUUAAAAAAGCAGCUAGACGAGGCAAAAGGUCGAUGGGCCGAUGAGCUACACAGUGUCCUAUGGUCAUAUAGAACCACGCCAAAAGCUAGCACAGGAAGGACCCCAUAUAGCCUAACCUACGGGUGCGAGGCAAUGGUACUAGUAGAGAUAGGUAUGCCCACCAUCAGAGUCAAAUAUUUUGAUUAG